UAGAAUCUCUUUUCCCCCAAAAUUCCUCAUUUUCAGCUCGGUGCAGAGCGGCGAGUGAAACGAUGUCGUCCUCCGAGGCAGGGGAAACUAAGAAGAUAACUCUGAAAAGCUCCGACGGAGAGGUCUUCGAGGUGACGGAGACGGUGGCGCGUGAGUCGCAGACGAUAAAACACAUGAUCGAGGAUGAUUGCGCUGACAACUGCAUUCCCUUGCCUAACGUCACCGGAAGGAUCCUAUCGAAGGUGAUCGAAUACUGCAGGAAGCACGUCGAGGCUUCCUCUUCAACCGAUGAUGACCUCAAGGCGUUCGAUGCCGACUUCGUCAAAGUCGAUCAGGCAACUCUCUUCGACCUCAUUUUGGCUGCAAACUACCUGAAUAUCAAGAGCCUUCUGGAUCUGACUUGCCAGACUGUGGCUGAUAUGAUUAAAGGAAAAACUCCAGAGGAGAUUCGCAAGACCUUCAACAUUAAGAACGACUUCACACCUGAGGAGGAAGAAGAGAUCCGCAGAGAGAACCAGUGGGCUUUCGAAUGAGAUGUCAUGUCUAGAUGAACUGUCUAUUCUAAUAGGAUAAUUUCCAUUCAAUGUUGAAGCUGGAUAGCUUUUUAAGAAUUGAUUCACCCAAAGUGUUAUGUCAUUUUACAUGCUUUUACUCUAUUUCAAUGAAAUAUGGUACUGGUUUAGUUGCUUA